UUUCUUCUUUACUCAUCUCUCUCUUUUCUUCUUCGACAUCAGAAAAUUCAACUCAGCUGUUCCAAAAACCCGAUCUCGAUUCUCAACUCACUUAAAACUCUUUCCUUUCUUGGUUUUAAACUGUUUUUAACACUGGUUCUCAAAAUUUUACAGUUAGGGUUUGAAACUGAAGUUUUUUAGGGGUUUUUGCAGUUAGAAUCUGGUUGAAAAUUCGUCAAGAGAUUCAAAAAGGUUGAAGCCUUAGUCUUUAAAUUAAGCUUGCAAGUACAAAAGUGGAGAAUUUUGGUUGGAAUUUGAGGGGAAGUGAAAAUUUUGGGAUCUGUAGGGUUUGGGAGUAUAUAAAGUUGAGAUCUUUUAGUGGUUUGGAAAAUUAGGUUUGUUUUAUUUGGGGGUUUUGUAUGUGGAGUUUGAUUAGGAUUGUUGUGUGAGCUGCGGAGGAGGAGAAGAAGAUGUUUUACUCGCAGUUUAUAUUGGCGAAGAAAGGUCCACUUGGGACUAUAUGGAUUGCUGCACAUUUGGAAAGGAAGUUGAGGAAGAAUCAAGUUGCUGAUACUGAUAUUGGUGUCUCAGUUGAUUCUAUUCUUUUCCCUGAUGUUCCCAUUGCACUGCGGCUAUCUAGCCAUCUUCUACUUGGAGUGGUGAGGAUAUAUUCUCGUAAAGUGAAUUAUCUCUUCCAUGAUUGCAGUGAAGCUUUGCUUCAGGUAAAGCAAGCUUUUCGAUCCACUGCAGUUGAUUUGCCGCCAGAAGAAUCUACUGCGCCUUAUCAUUCCAUUACAUUGCCAGAGACUUUUGAUCUUGAUGAUUUUGAGCUUCCAGACAACGAUAUUCAAGGUAAUUAUGUUGAUCACCAUGUCAGUACAAGAGAGCAGAUUACUCUUCAAGACACAAUGGAAGGUGUUGUCUACUCCACAUCACAAUUUGGACUGGAUGAGAGGUUUGGAGACGGAGAUACUUCUCAAAUUGGCUUGGACCUUGAAGAGGACUUGUUCCUGGAAAAGGGUUCCCCGUCAAGAAGCACUGCUGUUUUGGUUGAGAUGGACGAGGAUCCGCAGGCAUCAGGUCAAGCUAUGACACCUUACACACCUUACACGCCUUACACACCUUUCCCUGAUAUAGAUAUGGAUGAUGAGGAAAUUAGGUUUGUUGAGGAUAGGGCAGCUGAAGCAUCAGAACAUAUGCUAGUUGAUAUAAAUGCAGAACCUCAAAAUCAAAUGGAAGCUGAUGAGCCGGCCCAGGAUCUGAUAGGUGGUGAGAAGGUUCCAUCUACUCCUGGAUUAGUGGAUGAGGACGUUUCAGCCAAUGGUCAUGUUCAAGAAGUCAUAACAACAGAUAUUACUUGCGAUCCCCAAUUGGGUUCUGAAAAUUGUGAUUCAGUGAAGUUGGUGGACAAAGAGAACACUGGCAGUCCUUCCCAUAUAUCCAAUCAUCAAAAUGAAGAUACAAAUAUUGAACUAGAAUCUACUGAUGUCCUCAUGUCGAACGAAGAUGAUGGGUCAAUUUUGGGGAAAGAGCAAGUGGUACAAGAUAAGCAACACGAGGAUUCUCCAUCCACUGUGGUGGCCUCAGAUCCUGUACCCUCCGACCCUGCUGGUACUAUGUCUUCACCCACUUCAGUUCUUGUUGAACAAACCAAACCAGUUUCUCCAGCAUCCGAGUGUAUAGAUAGACCUAUACCCUCUUCAGAACCUAACCCCAGUCUUGGAAUUAUUAACGAGAACUGUACACUAGUCAAUGACUCUGUUUCACAUAAAGAGACUGUUGAGCCACAAAAUGCUAUUAAUGCUACUGAUGCAGUAGGUUUGGGUGAGCCCGAGAAGACUGAAGGUGGUGACGCUUGCGCUGAACUCGAAAAUUCAGAUAUUUCGACUGCUGUUGAGGCUGCGGAAAAAAGGUUUUCUAACAAGUUCAUGCUUCAUGCUUGCAAAACCAUUCAGAACCAACCUGAUACAGUAUCAUCUCUGGGAGAUGCUUCAGCUGUGGUUCAAGAUGAAGGGGGGAAUGUGACCAUGGAAGUUGUUCAAUCUGAUGAUGUUCAAAAAGAUCUUACCAACUCCAAUGAGCAGUUAGAUGCUAGCAUUCGAAAAGAUGAUAAUGAAGAAGCCUCAGAACUUCCUGCAAGUUCCGACUUGCCAGCUCCUGAAAUAUUGCUUUCAGCAGUCCCUGAAGCAUUUCCAGAUGGUCCAGGUGAUUUACUUGCAGAGUCUAGUCCAAGAAAAGAGGUAGCUCAGGAAGGAAGUGGUGAUGAGCUAGGAAGUCUGUUGAAAAGAAAGCAUGACAUGAUAGAAAGUACACCAGUUCUGCUAGAUGAGAGUGUGGCUGACCUUACUGGUGAUGCACAAACCAAAAGAAGUUUGAACUCUGCUCCCGAUGAUGAUGAUUUGCUGUCAUCUAUCUUAGUUGGAAGAAAAUCUUCAGUGUUCAAAAUGAAGCCUACACCAGUACAACCUGAAAUACCAGCUCCAAAACGACGACGAGCUGCUCCGCGGGUCGGGGUGCCUAAGAGGAAGGUGCUGAUAGAUGAUUCCAUGGUCCUGCAUGGCGAUAUGAUACGACAACAAUUGACAACUACUGAAGACAUACGCCGCUUAAGAAAGAAAGCUCCUUGUACCCGUCCAGAAAUUUGGAUGAUUGAGAAACUUUUAUUAGAAGAGGAUUUCUUCAGUGAACCACUGUUUACUGGUAUGCAUGCCGACCUGAUAGAUUUGCACAAUGGGAUAUUCGACAUCAGUGCAGUGAGGAUUACAGAAAUUGAUGCAAACCAAGCUCCUCAGGAAGGAGCAAGUGCUGAGGCGCUUUCCAUUGGCAAAGAUCCUAAUAAAGAAGAUAUUGUGGAAGAUAGGGAUGACAGAGCACUUGAACCUACUGAAACACUUCUUCACACUGAAAACGAACUACAUGGAGAAAAUCUCGUUAACGCUGUUGAGAAUCAAGAGCAAACAGAAAUUUUAACCGAGGAUCAAGUGGUAGAUGGGUCAUACAUGGAAGUUGAUGUCGCGAAUACUGAAGUUGCUGAUACAGAGCAAAAUAAUUUUGAUGCAUCAUCUGUUUCAUUGCCAAUGGAUAAAGAAGUUAUUCUGGAAAAUAAUGAGAAAUUGAGUAAGCCUAUCGAAGAGGAUGAUGCAACUUAUGAUGCAGGACGAAAUCACGACUGGUCGACUCCCACUGAAGGUGUGCUGAUUCAAAAAGAUGGAUCUUAUGCUCAGGAAAGCGAAAAUGGUGGUUUGGUUGAAACAACACCGACAAAUAUUCCUCGAGAGGGGUUACUGGAAAACGGAAACUGCGAAUAUAAUGAAGCUUCAGUUGCUUCAGAUAAUGUAAACCCUUCCUCUGAAAUUGAUGACCAUGGUAAAAUAGAGAUUGAAAGAAGUGAAUUGGAAGUCGUGGUUGAAGAUGAAACUGUGACAGAAAAAGUUACUGUUGAAGAUAGAAGUUCUGAAAUUGAUGACCAUGGUAAAAUAGAGAUUGAAAGAAGUGAAUUGGAAGUCGUGGUUGAAGAUGAAACUGUGACCGAAAAAGUUAUGGCUGAAGAAAGAAGUUCUGCUCCUGAUGUUAUUUCUAGUGAAGAGCCUCAAAGGGAUCAGUUAUGUCCGUCAGAAGUUAAUGGAGAUGAAGAUGCUCCUCUUUAUAUAGAAUCUGACGCGGGGAGGGGUAUGGACGAAGAAUGUAAUGCAUUGGACACAACAAUGAGAGACCCAGUUGACACUGAAAACACAAUGGAAGACAUUGAUACAGAGUUUCUGAACUUCGAUGACAAUGAAGUGGAAGAAGAAGACGAGGAAGAUAAUGAUAUGCCUAAUACUGAAGAACAACCCCGAAUUCAAGAAAAUUCUGGAUGGUCUUCAAGGACAAGAUCUGUUGCUAAGUACCUCCAGACUAUAUUUGACAAAGAACUUGCGAAUGGUGAAGUAAGAAAAGUUGUUCCCGUGGACAACCUUUUAUCUGGUAAAACUCGGAAGGAAGCAUCGCGAAUGUUUUUCGAGACCUUGGUUCUAAAGACAAGGGAUUACAUCCAUGUAGAACAAGAGCAGCCGUUUGCCAAUAUCAACAUUAAGCCUAAAGGAAAACUGAUGAAAUCAGAUUUCGGAUACAUGCUUCAUUAGGCGGUGGACAGUAUACAGACAGCAGGUCAAUAAUGUAGUUUUACUUGUCAAAUACACGACUCCGCUCUUCAACCACUUUCUUCUUUCUCCAAGUUUUCGUUUUCUUUUUCUAGGUUUUGUUAAUUAUGUAGUUGAUAGAUUAACAUGCAGCGGAGUUAAACUAGCAAUCAUGUAUCUGUAAUACUGAUUCUGAUUAUUUAGUCCCUUGUAUAUAUCUCUGUAAUAUCAGUUUUUUUUCUUAAAAAUUGUCAAGAAUGUGUACUUUGUUUUGUAGUCUAUAAUCUGAUUUUCAUGAUUUUGCC